UGUUGUCAGUUCAUUCGCGAGAGUCGUUUAUAACGGUUGUGUGAUUUAUGUGCCCCAAAAUCGAUUUAAUUGUGAAACGAAAAAUCGGGGGUUAUUACAUAUUUAUUAAAUCAGCAAAAAAAUAGUAUUUAUGAAUUGACAAAGAAAAUUGGGAGCGAGUGCCGGCAUUUGGUGUGCAGACAAAUAAUAUUUUGAAGUGAUAAAUUAUAAUUGCAUAUGUCUUUAUGUUGUAUAUACUAGAAUUAGAAGCACUUGACUCAGCCGUUUAAUGAUUAUUUGAUGGCCAAGUAGUAGGUAGCUAGGUCAUUCGGCGUGUGAUACUUGCAUUGUUGUGACUCUCACGAGAACGUGGUAGAGCGUGUUGAGUUUUUAACCGAGUGCUGUGCCAACAAAUAUAUAUAUGUAUGUAUGUACAUACAUACACGUUCAUAUAACAGUGCACGCAUUUAUACGCUAACGGCUAAAUAUCAAGGAUAGAAAAAAAAACUGAGACGGGGAUUGCCAAAGUCAGCUGCGCAGUUGUAACUGAUAAGAGGUGCCUGACCGAAGUACAUACAGCGGCGACGAGUGGAGCAAAGGAAACAGCUGACUGAUUCAUACACGAAGAAGUUCAUCGCAAAAAGUUGCCGAACUACUUAAACUUACUUAUAUGAAAAUAUUUUAGAUUGAACAAAAUGCAGAUAUUGUUGGAGUUGAAUUUUAAACAACGCAACUCCACCCGUUUGGUCAUACUUAUUUUUGGAUUAUUGGCAUUCAUAGUAUUUAAAGACAGUACUAAGGGAUGCCUGUUUUUGGGCGCUGCAUUGGCUUUAAUGUUUAGGAAUCCGACGUAUGUGUACGCUUUCGGGAGUACGGUUAAGCGUGAUAUUAUAGCUGGAUAUCGUUUUCUUAGAAUGAACCUCUUUAUUAUGCUCAUGGAACGAAAACAAUGGACAAUAGCACGCAUAUUUCAAGAACGUGUGAAGAAGCAACCGAAGAAGCCAUGCUUUAUAAUGGACGAUCGGUCGCUUAGUUUUCAGUGGAUAGAGAACUAUACAAACAAAGUAGGUGCAUAUUUCAAAGCACAAGGCUUGAAACAUGGUGAUUGUGUAGCUUUAAUCAUGGAGACCAGACCCGAGUAUGUAUGCUUGUGGCUUGGUCUCUCCAAGAUCGGUGUCGUAACAGCUUUAAUUAAUUCGAAUCUACGACGCGAUACCCUACUGCAUUCCAUCAAAGUGGCAAAAGCCAACAUAAUAAUUGUUGGUACAGAGCUCAGCAAGGCUUUGGAAGAAAUUUACGAUGAGGUGGAUAUCAAAACCUUGCCAAUUUACCAAUUUAGCGAUGAAGAACAACGGGAUAACGAUAAUUUUAAGCUUUUUAAAGGUGCUGUUGAUCUCACCGCCGCCCUAGAGCUACAGCCAAUAGAGGAUCUAAGCGCGGACAUUGCGGCUUGCAGUACAAAGGACAAAUUAUUAUUCGUCUACACUUCUGGCACUACGGGAUUACCAAAGGCUGCUGUUAUAAAUAACUUAAGAUACUUAUUUAUGGCUAGCGGAAUCCACCACAUGUUGUCUCUUAACGCCGGCGAUAUUAUUUAUACAGCGUUACCACUGUAUCACACGGCUGGAGGUAUAGUCGGUGUGGGAAAUGCGCUGAUUCAUGGUUGUACCAUUGUAAUGCGAAAAAAGUUUUCAGCAUCAAAUUUCUGGAAGGAUUGCAUCAAAUACAACUGCACUGUAGCUCAAUAUAUUGGUGAAUUGUGUCGCUAUUUGUUAUCCACAUCACCAAAGCCAGAAGAUACACAACACCGACUACGCUUGAUGUACGGCAACGGUUUGCGUCCACAAAUUUGGUCGCAAUUCGUAUCAAGAUUUAAUAUUCCGAAUAUUGGAGAGGUCUAUGGCUCAACAGAGGGAAAUUCCAAUCUCGCCAAUGUCGCCAAUCAAGUGGGUGCUGUGGGUUUCGUACCAUUAAUUGCGCGUUACUUUUAUCCAGUGCAAAUCAUUAAAUGUGACGAGGAAACUGGCGAACCCAUUCGCAAUGCGAAUGGAUAUUGCCAAAGAUGUUCACCGGGAGAGACAGGUUUGCUCGUAGGUAAAGUGAAUCCUAAACGAGCGGUAACCGCAUUCAAUGGGUAUGCCGACAGAGAAGCAUCCGAAAAGAAGUUGCUGCGAAAUGUUUUCAGAUCAGAAGAUAUCUUCUUCAAUUCUGGCGAUAUGGUGGUUGUGGACAUACUCGGUUAUUUCUACUUCAAAGAUCGCACUGGUGAUACAUUCCGAUGGCGUGGCGAAAAUGUCGCCACACAAGAAGUGGAAGCGAAUAUUACGAACGUGAUUGGUUUAAAAGAUUGUGUGGUGUAUGGGGUGGAUAUUCCCUACGUAGAAGGCAAAGCUGGUAUGGCAGCUAUAGUUGAUCCCGAUCGCAAAGUGGACAUGCAACAUCUAUCAGCUGGCGUUCGGGGAAGUUUGCCAGCCUAUGCGCGACCGCUUUUUAUUAGAUUAAUGAACGAUAUACCACGCACCGCUACUUUUAAACUGAAAAAAAUAGAGCUUUCCAGAGAAGCAUUCGAUAUUCGUCGAGUCAAAGAUCCAAUAUAUUACUUAAACAAAGAUGGCAUAUAUCGCUUCUUGUCUGAGGAACAGUUUGAAGAUAUUUUGCAGGGCAAAGCCGGACUGUAACAUGACACUUUAGCAGCGAUUAAUCUUUCCAUAUUAUUGUAUAUACAUACAUACAUUCAUAUUUUUAUUUUUAAAAAAUCAGGUUACUGUGUAUAUAUGUAUAUAGUGAAUGAAAUAGCUUUGUUGAACAAUUUAGCACGUGAUGCAAGAAGAACCUUUAAAUGUA